AUGGAUGACCCAAGCCAGCAUUUCCCGCCUGGCUCGCUGCCCGAAGGAGAGCCGGCGCCAGCGCAGGCUGCGGCGGAGGGCAUGGAAGACGCGGAGAACCUUCUCGACGACAUGCUCGAGGCGGCCGAGGCCGCGCGCCACGAGACCGAGCUGACUCUAGCGCCGCAGGCGCCCGACGAGAAUGAGCCGUUUGUGACUAUGGCGGGUGUGACUGCAGGCGAUGUGACGGAAGGAGUGGUGGAAGAAACUGUGACUUAUCACGGUGUGACUGAAGGAGAGGUGCCUGAAGCGGAAGCAGGUGAAGGCGAGGGGUUUGAUCUAAAUAUGGAUGCUAAUGGGGGUGGGGGUGGUGCGGCGGCGGUUAUGAUCACCGAGGGUGCAGCAGCUGAAACCGAACCAGGGACCGGACCAGGAACCGAUCCUGGUUCGGGUUUGGGUGUUGCCGAGCCUGAGAGUCUGCCGGUCGGGACUGAGGAGCAGGCUCGGGAGACUAUUGGCGAAUACCAAGAGGUGGGCGGAGAGGGCGGGGAUGGCCAUAUCAUGCAACAGGCAAUGGCGGGUGCUUAUGAAGAGGGAGGCAUGGCGGAGGGCGAGCAGCCGAGAGCUGACGCGGAAAUGGGUGAAGCAGCGGAAGGAACUCAUCCGGAGGGUGCUUAUAUCGAGCAACCAGUGCAGUACGAAGGUGUGCAGCAGCAGGAGCACGUGGGCGCAGAGCAGGCAGAGACAGCAGAGCAAAUGCAGAUGGCACCUACCCCAGAUGAGUCUGCUGUAGCGCACCAGCAACCAGCUGUAGCUGAGCAGGAGGCAGGUGAGGCCUGGCAGGGCGAGGCUGUAGCACAGGCCGAAGCGGCUGUAGCAGGGUACGAACAUGGUGAAGGGCCUGCUGUAGCUGGGUAUGAUGCGGCUUUCCCUGGCCAGGAGGCGGCUGUUGCUGAAACUGGCGGAGGUGAGACGGCAGAGGGGCAGGUUGUAGCACCGGCUGAAGUGGGCGAAAUGGUUACCGCUGCUGCUGUUGGCGAAGGAGAGGUGGGCACAGGAGCGAACGAGGGUGGCAUGGGUGCAGAGAGCUUCGUGCAAGGCGACGGGGGAAUGGCGACAACAGCAGAAGCGCAAGGGACGGUGGCAGAGGGAGAGGGGGCGGCGGGGUAUUCUCAACGCAUGGAGGCAGUUUCUGAGGGACAGUAUGGGGAGGAGGCAGCAGUGCCUGGGGCGCUCGGGGAAGGCGGAGGGGGAGGGGGCGGGGGAGAGGGCGAUCGCAAGGAGCCGCUAGAGGAGGAGCUGCGAGCGCUGGUGUUCGCCACCGUGCCGUCUCAACUGGCCUCGCCCGACCACCACCGCUGGCUCGAGAUCGCCGAUGCCUGGCGCCGCCGCAGAGAGGCCGCCCCUGCCGCCCUCCUCCUGGACGGCGGUGGGGCGGCAGCGGGCGGCGGCGGGUAUGUGUCCCCGGAUGGUGUGAGGGGCCGCGGGCGGGGCAGGGGGAGGGGCAGGGGGCGCAGGGGGAGGAGGGGUAGCAUGCAUGCGUAUGGGUAUGGCGGAGGCAGGGGGGAGGGGGGGUACGGGGGUUACGGGGGAUAUGGGGGGAGCGGGGGCUUUGAGGGGUAUGGGAUGGGGGAGAUGGGAGGAGGGAUGGGUGGGGAGGGCGGAGUGAUGGUGCCGAGCGGGUAUGGCGAGUAUCCCAUGCACAUGGGCGCGGAUGGUAUGCCCAUGCCCAUGGACCCCCAUGCCAUGGCCAUGGGCAUGGGGGGCAUGGGGGGCAUGGGGCAGUUAGCGCUGGGGAACGGGGAGCCAUGGGUGUGGGACGAUGAGGGGUGGGACGCCCCCGGGAUUGCCAUCCGCGGGCGCGGCAGGGGCAGGGGGCGUGGCAGGGGGCGGGGGCGGGGGAGGGGGAGGGGGCGCGGGCGCAGCUGGCACCUGGUGGGGGUGGAGAUCGUCCCCUCGUACGGGUCUGAUGGGGAGGAGAUGGGCGCAGAGGGGGAGGAGCGGGCGGGGGGCGCAGGGGGAGGGGGAGCAUCUAUGGGCACGCGGCCAGUGGUGGCAUGGGCGGAGGUGUGGCCGGGGAAGCUGGAGGAGCUGGUGGAUAGGAAGGACCAUGCGGGGGUGGCUGCCGCCCAGGUCAUGACGGCCGCUGUGGUGGCCCGGGCGGCGUCGGCAGCGGUGCGGGCGGCAGCAGAGGCGGUGGCGGUGUUCAAAGAGAGGGCGGUGGCUGCUGCCUGGGCGGAGAAGCAGGGGGGUGCGGGGGCGAACGGGGCGCUUGGGGGAUAUGGGGGGCAUGGGGGGUAUGGCGUGCAUGGCGGAAAUGGGGGGUAUGGAGGGUAUGGUGCAGGUGCGACGUGGCAGGAGGCCACUGGCGCAGGGUCCCCGUUUGCGGAGUCCCCCUGGGCGCCUGAGCCUCCUCUCCCCCUGACGUCCGUGGCUAGUGUGGCGCGGGGCAGGGGGAGGGGCAGGGGGAGGGGACGGGGGAGGGGGAGGGGCCGGGGGAGGGGCAGCAGGGGCGGGGGGCGUGGCAGGAGCUACUACUACGGCGCGUAUGAUAUGGAGGAAGAGGAGGAGGAGCCGGAGGAGGACGACGAGGGGGACGAGUUUGUGGCGUAUGGAGGGGUGGAGGAAGUGGGCGGGGGGGGAGAGGAGGAGGAAGAGGAGGAGGUAGUGGUGGUGGAGGAUGAAGAGGAGGGGGAGGAAGAGGAGGAGGAGGAGAAGAGGGUGUGGGGGUUGAAGCUGCCACACAGGUUCCAUGUGGGCACUCCUGUGGAGGUAAGCAGCAGUCAUUGGGAGGGAGGGGCCUUGUAUGGCGAUUUCAGGGCAAUGCACGCUGGGGUGGCUUCGAACGAGGAGGGGUUGAGGGGCAGCUGGUUCACGGGCACGGUGCUGCAGCUCGAUGCACGGCGGGCGCUCGUCCGAUACGACCAGCUGCUGGACGACGCGGGCACCUAUCACCUCGAGGAGUGGUGGGAGGGGGUGAUAACAGCGCUGCCAGACGAUCCAGCAGCCAGCAUGGCCACUGUCGAGUUCCCAGGCUAUGGGGAGAUGGCACAGAAGCAGCUGACGUGGCAGCAGCUGCGGCCAUCGAUGGUGUUUGAUGUGCGCGGAAGGGGGUGGGUGAUGGUGCGCGCCCAGGCCGUGGGGGAGGGGGCGCAGGAGGUGGAGGAGGAGGAGGAGGAUGAUGAGGUGGAGGAGGUGGUUCCGGCUCCCAUGGGGCAUGUCAGGGUGAGUGGGUGA